AAAACAAGUUUCCUUUUAAAAUGGUCUGUAGCUGUUGAAACUGAUUACUUUGUUCAAAAUGUAUUUUCGAAUCUGUUUAGUGCUAGUAACAAUAUUUCUCCGUUUAUGUGUGUUUUGUGACAAAGUAUCGUUUAAAAACGUCCCUGUGAAAGCUACAAACGUAGCAAAAGGUCGGCUAGAAAUCGGCCCGGUGACUGGCAGUUUGGAUCCUUCCAAUGGUCUUGCAGAUGCAAACGAAAUAACAGUAAGGGAUCAAAAAAUCCCUAUUUUAUACAAAGGAGCUGUAAAAGACCUACCUCGGCUGUAUGAUUUGGAACUAAUUUACAGUGAGAUACAAGAGAUCGAACCAGGUGCUUUUGAAAACGUCCCAAGACUUUUAGAACUCAAGCUGAACGGCAAUAAAAUUUCAAAGAUACAAGGAGGUAUUUUGAAUAAUCUUAAUAUCAAGAGGUUGGACUUGUCGUUUAACGAAAUAAAUGCCAUUGAACCGAAUGCUUUUAACGACCUUCCAAACUUGAGAGUUUUGUUACUUGAUAAUAAUUUAAUCAGAGAAUGGAAUCCCAAUUGGUUUGAGAAUACUCCAAACUUAUUAAUGAUCCAUUUUUCUAAGAAUUUAUUGGAAACUUUACCUGCGCACGCUUUUAAAAAUGUGAAAGGAACCGAAAAUGUAAAGGAUGGGUGGUUACCAUUAGAAAACUAUUUCGACUUUUCGGAAAACAAAAUCCAAACCAUCGAUCCCAAAGCUUUCGAAGAUAUUAAGCAGUUAGAUAUCUUGGAUUUACGUAGAAAUUUAAUUUCUGAGUUACAACCCGGAGUGUUUUCAAACUUGGAAAAAGUUAAUUCCAUUUGGCUCUUGGACAACAAAAUCACUUGCGUUUCUGACGAAUUUUUGGACAGCUUGCCGCAUGGUCAUGGAAUUGCCAGGCGCGCAUAUAAGUUCGACGCAAACCCUUGGAACUGUACAUGUUUGGAAAAAGUGCAAACUUGGUCAAAAGAAAAGGGCUCGAAAAUGGCAACACUACAAUCUUCCAUAAAGUGUGUUAUCGAGAAAGUUAAAGAUAUCAAGUAAUAAACCACGAAAUGACUCUCUACUCUUACUUACUUAUGAUAAGCUUUAGUUAACCUUUUAUGAAAAUUACUGAAUUCCAGUGACUCUAUUUGCAUCUUGGAAUGAAGAAGAAUCAAUGGUGCCUAAUACUUUUAUCUAAUCAUAUGAAAUAUAAGAAUAUUUCGCAGUUAUUAUUGCUAACAUUUUAGUUUUUAAAAUUCUAGAAUUGUCUGUUGCUCUCGAGUUAUCUCUCUAUUAAUAUUUUUUUAUUGUUUACACUAAUUAAUGUUAUUAUUAUGGA